AUGAGUCCCAGCACGCGCCUUCUGGCGCGGUGCAACCAUCCUCACCAGGGCACCUCGUUCUACACCUCCGCGCAGUGGACUGCCGAUGGCACCACGGUCCUCACUAGCUCCUCGGACCAAGUGAUCAGCGCGUUCGCACUGCCGGACGAUCUGUUGUCAGGAGAGCAGACCACGCUUCAGGCGCAGGGACAGGUCACCCUGCCAGAGCCGUCACAGAUCAUCGCGCCAGCUCCGUACUUCUCCCUCCAGGAGCCUACCACACAGCAUUUCCUCGCUGGCUGUCGUGAUCACCCACUGCAGCUGUAUAAUUGCUUCCCCAACGACGAGGCAUGUGCCCCUAUCCGGGGCUACAAGCUCAUCAAGCAUGAGACGGAAGCGUACAUCACGCCCUCGUCCGUCCUAUGGCAGUAUCCGGGUACGCACUUUGUCGUAGGCUCUACGAAUCGGCUUGACCUGUUCGACAUCACGGGCCAUUCAAGUGACGGACCCGUGACGACGGUGGCGACGAUCCCUUCGAAGCGGCAUAUCCGCAAAGGCAACGGGAUCGGCAUGAAGGGUACCGUCUCGGCUCUGAGCUCCUCCGCCGCCGGCGCCGAGGGUGGGAUCAUCGCCGCCGGCACGAGAACGAGAUGGGUAGGCAUGUACGAUCUCUCGCGGUCCGAAAAGACCGUCGCCAACUGGAGCAUCGCGGCGGCCGCCGACGAGGGCGGCGUCCCUGGGCAGGGCAUCGUACAGACGAUCUGGUCGCAUUGCGGACGAUACCUCCUGGUCAACGAACGCAAUGCCCCCGGGCUGCUGGUGUACGACGUGCGCGUCACCGGACAACUGCUCAGCAUUCUCAAAGGUCGACGGGCCAACACCCAGCAGAAGUUAAACGUGGAUGUCUUUCCAGGAGGAGAGGACGGCGGAUUCGAGGUCUGGGCUGGCGGUGAUGACGGGAGGGUUAGUGUCUGGGAGGGCGUCGGGCUUCAUGGCGACUUUGAUGCCAAGGAGACCUGGGGCUGGAGAGCACAUGAUGCACCCAUGGGUAGUGUCGCCCUUCACUCAAGCGGUUCUGUCGUCGCGACGUGCUCUGGCGGAUGGGAGUACGCGACAAAAAACGACGAGGACGCCGGCGACGAGGGCAAGGGGAACAUCCUCCAAACAGAUGGGAGCACCAUUCUGGACGACUCGGCACUGAGAUUAUGGUCUAUUGCGGCCUCACAAGCAGACGAGUCCACCGAUUUGGACACCGAGGCGCAAGGGCUGCCAAUACACGGCACUACCCACAAGUAG